UCCAGAAAUAAGCCAUGGCUUCUGAGGACCUGCAGACUGAGCCGCCAAAUCCAGAAGACUCUGCGCCUCCGGAGCCUCGUUUUGUUAAAAAGAAAAAGAAGAAAUUAAAAGAGGAGACAAAAUCUUCUGGAGAGGCUGAUGACAGGGAAGAGGAGGAAUCUUCCAGCUCUCAGGCUGAGAUCGAGGACUUGACCAAGGCUGGACACAGGGCCCUGACCUCUGGGGACCUCCAGGUGGCCAUGUCCUGUUUCAAGAGAGCCUUCCUUCUCUCCCUGAGCACGAAACAGAAGACUGUCCAGCGAGCCUGUGCUUUCAACCUAGGAGCCGUCUAUGUGGAGACUGGGAAACCAGAAAAAGGACUAGAGUUUCUUCUGAAGUCUCAGCCCAAGGCUGGUGAAGGAGAGGAACCUAAUGGAGAUCUUUAUUUCAACCUUGGCAUGGCCUAUGAGUCCCUGCAGGACUACCCCAAGGCACUGGAACAUUUUAGGAAAGCUGUAAUACUCUACAAGCCAUCGCAGCUGGUAAACGAGGCGGACACUCACAUGAAGAUGGGUUAUUGCUACUUGGGUAUGAAGGACACAGCGCGAACGGCCCAGUGCUUCCAGGAGGCUGCAAAUUCUUACCUGGAGGCUCAGAGGCUGGACAUGGCUGCGGUGGCUCUUAAUGAGGCUGCCAACUACAUGUUACAAAGUCAGUGCUACGACUCGGGUCAGGUCCUCCAAAUUCUUAAUGAGGCCCGUAUGGUGUGUGAACACAUCACUAAAAAGGACCUGCUUGGCAAGUUGUAUAAUGAUAUUGGUUUGAGCUACGCCCAGUUGAAGGUUUUCUCUCUGGCCGUGGAGUGUUUCCAGAUGGCGCUGCCCUUCUGCCAGGAGGACGAGACAGGCAGACACAAGGAGGCCGUGAUUUUACAGAACCUGGGGGCAGCCUAUAACACCCUGGAGCAGUACGAGGAAGGACUGGAGUACCACAAGAAGGCUGCAGCACUGCACAGUCUGCUUGGUAACCGUAGAGCACAGGGCCAAUGUUUUGGGAACUUGGCUUAUGCGCUGAGCCAGCUGGACGACCACGAGUCAGCGGGGGAGAAUUACUUGCAUUCGCUGCAGGCUUUUAAAGAUUCAGAUGAUGCUCACGGCCAGUGGCAGGCGUGUGAGGGACUGGGAGCAGCCAGAUUUCGCCUGCAGGAUCCUGAGAAGGCCAUUCUGUACUACAAGCAGGCUCUGGCCUUACUCUCCAAAGCCAAGCUGCAGGAGGAUCCUGACAUCGCUCAGGAGCGGAUUGUGAACAAACUGACUGACGCCCUUCAGUACAAGCUCUCUGUGAACAGGCACCCCAGCCAUGGUGGAGUGUUACCCCCGGCUGCACCCGUGAGAACCCUUGGUGGAAAGGUGCUGGGAACAAAGCGUAUGAGCAUGAAUCAUGGAUAUGCCAAUAUUACUCAGAUGUCUCCGCAAGACUUCCGGCAGUCGCUGAGAAAAUCCAGAGGAAUGAUACGUCCGCCUCAGCAUAACGGAGAGCUGUACGCCACUAUGAAAACCAGAGAGACCCCCAGAUUCAAUGGUCACCCAACCUCAGAAAACAGGGCGUCAGACAUAGCUGGAGAGGAUGAGGACAGCGACACGCUGACAGUGGUGACCAGCGAGUACUCAGAGGAUUGCCACCAAUCACACACAGCCGCUGCCUGCACUAAGAACUAUCCUCAUGCCAACAGCAAUCUGAAUAACACCUACGUCCAUCCGGACCCGUUCUACCAGAACUCUGCAUUACAGAACACCCAGAAAAGCAACCAUGACUACGAAACCCUGAAGCUGAAGACCAUGGCAGGAGAAAGGAACAUGACUGAAUCCUCAGAUUGUCUUCACAUACCCAAAAUGGAGCAUCAUGAUAAGCCAAGAAAACCCAGACUCCAUUCCAGAAUGUGUCACAUCAUGUGAUUCCAUUACCAAAAAAAAAAAAAAAAGACUGUGACUGGAAAACCAAUAUGUCAAAGGGCCGAAACAGCGUCAAAAAAGAUGAACUUUGCUGCCAAAAGCACCCAGCAUCCAAGAAGGACUGGAAAUGGCCAUGAAGGCCUCAGACUCCUAUUAUAAAUCCUGGGGACCCAUUAUCUCAGAGAGAAUUAUACAUUUUUCCUCACAUUUGUUUUAUUUCUUGUAUUAUUUUGUUUUAAAGACUACAAAUAUUGUACUACAUUAACACCGCAGUUCCAUGAUCAUGUCAUGCAGCCAUUUUAUCUUCUGUUAGUCACAUGAUCCUCUCUUUGCAAACAAGAUGGGAGAGAUAUGGCAUAUCAGCAGAGGCGUCCUGAGGCAGUAUUUAUGAGGAUACUAAAGCCACGGGCGAAGUUCAUUUUAAUGAGACGGGGGAAGCGAUCACGCAACAGCAUCUUACCUUUGAUGCAGGAGCAGGCCCCUCCUCCUUGGUCCGGCGUCAUCUUCCCAAUGAUAUUCGGUAAAUGGCCCAUGUGCACUAGAGAAAAAACACUCUGUGCCAGAGUCUUUGCUUUCACAGUGCAGUGCCAUCUUACCAAAGUUAUCACUGGGAAAAUGGCGCUGCAGAGGAGGAGGGAUCUGCUUCUCUGGGAUGGUUUUGCCUUGUAAAUGAUUGCCGCUUUAAAAAUACGGGCAUUCUUGCCCGAAGUCCCGCAAUUUGUACCUUAUUACAUUUUCCCUAAUGACAUAUGGCAGGGAUGGGGAAACGUCAGCCCUCCAGCUGUUGCUGAACUACACAUACCAGCAUGCCCUGCAACAGUUUUGCAAUUUGGUCAUGCUAAAACUGUUGCAGGGCAUGCUGGGAUGUGUAGUUCAACAACAUUUGGAGGGCCAAAGGUUCUCCAUCCCUGACAUAUGGGAUCAUGGCUCCCUCCUGUAGAUUAUAUUGCUAUUAGCAGAUACUGAGCUCUAUGACUAUAUAAAAGCAGGUGGCUGUAGGUAAGGGGUCCUGUAUUCCUCAUAGUACAGAAGUUUCCUAAGGAACAUUAAAGUGAUGACAUCAGAACUCGCGGUUUAUACAGAUAUGAAUAACAGGAGAUUAUACGUACAUUAAUAGUAUAGAGUAGAUUGUUGUGUAUAUAUCCCAGCCAGCUGCUUGUAUCCUGGGGAAUAAAGUCUUUAUUUUCUAGUGUAAACACUCAGGUUAUAAAGUGUUUCCAUGUGAUAUAUUUAUGUGGUUGUAGUGAAAACGUUCAUCCAAAUGCACUUUUGUAAUGUAUAAUAAAAUAUAUAUUUUA